UGAAAUUGGUAAAAGAUGUUAAACGUCGUAAUCGCAAAAAAUAGUUUUAGAAACUCAUCGGCAAAAUGCAAAAGAAUUGUAGAAGAAAUGGUUAUAAAUUCUUUCCCUCGGUUGAUUACUGAUUAGUGCAAAAAUGAGCACCUUAAUUAUCAACCUGGCAAUGCCGCCUCCUUCCCAAUCAGUUAAAUCUCGUCACGUGGCGGUUGUUGGAGCCGGAGCUGCGGGCCUCGUGGCGGCGAAGGAGCUCCACCGAGAGGGUCAUUCAGUUGUCGUAUUCGAAAGCGGGAACGAAGUCGGGGGCACGUGGGUCUAUACCCCUCGGGUGGAAUCCGACCCCUUAGGACUCGACCCGAAACGACCCAUCGUUCACUCUAGCCUCUAUAAUUCUCUUCGGACUAAUCUACCGAGGGAGGUUAUGGGGUACAGGGACUUUCCCUUCGUGACCCGACCUGGGAAUAAUAGGGACCCGAGGAGGUUCCCGGGUCACCGGGAAGUGUUGAUGUAUUUGAAGGAUUUCGCGAGAGAGUUUGGGGUCGAGAAGAUGGUGAGAUUCGGAAGGGAAGUGGUGAAAGUCGGAACUUUGGAGAACGAGAAAUGGAAAGUCAGGUCCAAAAGGACGACUUCUUUUAAUAAUGAAAAUAACGAUAAUUACAACGAUGAUAUUGCUAUUAUUAAUAAAAGUGAAGUUGAAUUUGAUGAUGAGAUUUACGAUGCUGUCGUUGUCUGUAAUGGCCAUUUCACAGAGCCCCGUAUUGCCGAAAUUCCAGGCAUCAAUUUAUGGCCAGGAAAGCAAAUGCAUAGCCACAAUUACCGUCUUCCUGAGCCCUUUAGGGAUCAAGUAGUAAUUGUAAUAGGGAGUUCUUCUAGCGCUGUUGACAUAUGUAGGGACAUAGCUGCAGUUGCCAAAGAAGUACAUGUUGCAUCUAGAUCGGUUGCAGAUGAAACAUAUACAAAGCAGCCUGGAUAUGAUAAUUUGUGGCUUCAUUCCAUGAUAGAUAGUGCCUGUGAAGAUGGCACAGUGUUUUUUCGAAAUGGAAAAGUGGUGUUUGCUGAUGUCAUUAUGCACUGCACUGGGUACAAGUAUCACUACCCUUUCCUUGAAACAAAUGGCAUUGUGAGCGUGGAUGAUAAUCGUCUCGGGCCACUGUACAAGCAUGUGUUUCCCCCAGCCUUGGCUCCAAGCCUUUCAUUUGUUGGGAUACCAUGGAAGGUUGUUCCAUUCCCCUUGUUUGAGUUUCAAAGCAAAUGGAUUGCCGGUGUUUUGUCUGGUCGGAUUAAACUUCCAUCGCAGAAGGAGAUGAUGGAAGAUAUCAAGGCUUUCUACUCAACACUUGAAGCUUCCGGUAUACCAAAGCGGUAUUCUCAUUGCGUGGGUGAAUAUCAGUUUGAGUAUAAUAAUUGGCUUGCCGCACAGUGUGGGUGCCAAGGAAUUGAAAAAUGGAGAAAGCCAAUGUACUCUGCGGUUUCUGAGAACAAGCGUCUUCGACCAGAGACAUAUCGUGAUGAAUGGAAAGAUCAGCACCUGGUUUUGGAAGCCCACGAGGACUUCAUUAACUACACCUCAAUAUCAAACUGUUAAGAGACAAUAAAUGUAAAAACAAGGCUAAAUGCUCAAUUCAAUCUAACAUCUGAUCUGAUUCUCAAUAAAAAACACAAAUUUUAAUUGGAAGUAACACUCAAACGUGUAAGUCAAACUAAGAUUAUUUAAAUAAUUUGUUUUAAAGCAAAACUCCCUUUCUCUCUAUCUUCACUUUUGCUUGAAAUGUUCUUUCAAUUUUUUAUGGGUAUUUUCUUUCUCUU